UUAGGGAUUAUAUAAUUCACGUUUCUUAUGAUGUGAAAAUUGUAAAACCCAACAAAGCCCGAUCAAAGCGCGGACCGAGCUCCCCAGCAAAGUUGCGAAACCUCUUCUCCCUGCCGCGACGGUCCGCGACGGCGACGGCGACGGCGUCGGCGACCACAACCUCCACAGUCUCUCUCUCUUUCUCGACCAUGGUAUACAUAACUUCCUGGGACGAGUUCGUGGAUCGAUCGGUUCAACUGUUUCGCGCCGACCCGGAAUCCACCCGGUAUUGCAUGAAGUACCGUCACUGCGAUGGGAAAUUGGUCCUCAAGGUCACGGACAAUCGGGAGUGUCUCAAGUUUAAAACGGACCAGGCACAAGAUGCUAAAAAGAUGGAGAAGCUCAACAACAUAUUCUUUACCUUGAUGGCUCGUGGUCCAGAUGCGGAUGUGGUGGAAGCUGCGGGCAAAGAUCAGAUGGAAGCACAGGCCGUGAAGAAAGGAAGAGGAAGAAAGCAAUAGUUUCUUUGGCUGAUAAACAUGAGUAGGCAAUCUUUACAGGACUCGUGCAUGAGAAUUGAUCCCAGGAAACGGGGAAAAGAGACUAUGAAUUCGAUACAUCGUUAUCUUUUACCGCUAGAAAUGCCCAUUUGCGAAAAAAAGAAAGAAGUCGAAAAAUUGGAAGGACACGACAAUUUUUGUUGGCAUUAUUUUUCUUUACUUCCCUUUAAAUAGAGGCGUUUACUUUGAAGUAGUGUUGAUUAUGAUCUUGCUA